GCAAACCUGUUCUCUCACCCCCCUCAGAGGCAGAGCAGAAGAAAUCUGAGCCCUUCCAGCAGCCCAAGCAGAGGAGAAAACCCCGAGUUCUGUUCUCCCAAGCUCAGGUAUUCCAACUGGAGCAGCGAUUCAAGCAGCAAAAAUAUCUCUCUGCCCCGGAGAGGGAGCACUUGGCCAGGCUACUGCAGCUCAGCUCCACACAGGUGAAAAUCUGGUUCCAGAAUCGACGCUACAAGUGCAAGAGGCAGAGACAGGACAAAUCCCUGGCACUGGCAGCUCAACCCUUGCCCCCACGCAGGGUGGCAGUGCCUGUGCUGGUCAGGGAUGGCAAACCCUGCCUGGGGGGCUCCCAGUCUUUCCCAGUCCCCUACAGCCUCCCUGCCAGUCCUUACCCCUGCAGCUCUUACUGCAGUGCCUACAGCAGCUCCUACAGAGGAGGAUAUCCAGGGGUGGCCUCCAGUGCCACCCCCAGGAGCUUGGGCACUGCCAGUGCCCAGCACCAGCCCAUGGCACUGCAAAGCUCUGUGCAAGCAUCAAGCAGCCCUGGGAGGUGGAGGUGA